AUGAAUAUGUUGGAUGAUGAAGAUGACCAAAGCUUUCACGCUACGCGUGACGGCUACUCCCAUUUGAGCGAUGUCGAAUGGGAUGCGGUUGAACGAAUGGGUUCGACCAUGGGCAUCCAUGCCGUUAGCGUCAUGCUAGAGGCUCUCAAUAGCGAUGCCCAACAUGCUACUAUCGCCAAGUUCAUUCAAAAUGAACUUGACGCUGAACGCGAGAAAGUAGCCUUGCUUCACCAACAAGGCACUCAACAAGCAGAGUUGUUGAGAGAACAGGGUGCUCAACAGUUUGAACUGUUGAGACAGCAGCAGGCUGCUGCUGCUGGUGGGUCGAUACACUCGCGUCGACCCGAAACUUUGAAGAUUGACAUCUCCAAGUAUAGGGGAGUCGAAGAGGACUCCCUCUUGAGAUGGUUCGUCGAAGUGGAUGACGCCAUAAGGGCGCGUCGCAUCGACGACGGGGAUAUGCAAGUUGCAUUUGCCCAGUCAAAUCUGGCAGGACGUGCCAAGACUUGGGCACUGGGGCUCAAGUUGCACGACCCAUAUGCGUUUGGGUCGUUGGAAGUCUUCAAGUCGCGGCUCAGACAAACGUUUGAACCGCCUAGAGCUGAGUUAAGAGCUCGAACCGAACUCUUGAAGCUCAAGCAGGGGUCUUGCGGAUGGUCCCGUCAAGACUCACCUGUUCCGACUUGA